AUGACUGAAGCAACGUGUCCUCGCGGUAGCUCCGAGAAGGAAGCAACGUUCUGGGGCAAGAGGUUUCUCAUCAUCGUGACGGGAGCGAGCGGAGGCAUUGGAAGAGGCAUAGCGGUCAGCUUCGCCGAACGCGUCGCAAAGGAGUCGCUCCUGGUCAUCACGGGUCGAAACACGGCAGGGCUCGAAGAAACCGAGCGGAUGAUCUCAGCUCUAGGACGCGACGUCAACGUGAGCAUCGAGACCUGCGAUCAUUCGAAGGACUCCUUCAGCAACUACCAGGACCUCCUGGGGCGAGCGUCGGCUCGACUCCCGGAUCCGGAGAAGGUCGUGCUCGUGCACAACGCCGCGACGGUUGGAAACUGUUCCGACUACGUCGUGUCGUACGACGACGAGAAAACAAUCGACGACUACUACCGCUUGAAUCUAACGUCCGUCAUGAUACUGACAGCGGCGUUCCUCCGGCGCUACGACUCUGACUCGGGUCCCACGCGAACGAUUGUCAACAUUUCGUCCUGUUCGGCGAUCGAUCCAACACGAGGGCUGGGUCUCUACUGCACAGGCAAAGCAGCCCGGGAGAUGUACAUGAGGGUCGUAGCCACGGAGAACCCGUCGGUGACCGUCUGCAGCUAUGACCCUGGAUCCGUGGACACAGCCAUGAGCAAAGAGACGCGAGAUGGCAACGAGGAUUGUUCCAUUUGCAUACAGAAUGCCAAGGAAAGUGGCAGGUACAUGACCCCUGGGGUGACCGCCAAUCUACUCAUCCGUAUCCUCGAGCACGGAAACUUCAGAUCCGGUGAACGUGUUGUUUACACAGACGCUCCCUGCGUCUCGUAG